AUGGACGCCAUGAUUGGGGUCGGCGCUGCGCUGGCCAUCUUGGAGUCCUGCACUGACGCAGAACUCGCACCUGCACUGCUGCAUCGCCCGGCUCUCACUGCAAGGCUGCGCAACUUGGUGGGCUCCGCACCGCCAUCUCAGCCCGCACAGGCACCGCUGGCGCCACCGCAAUAUGCACCGCAACCUCAAGCAUCGCAAAGCUCUUGCGCAGGGGUUGACCCUGCACAGCAUGGGCAUAGCACCGCAACGCCUAUGAUGGCUGUGCCUGCCUUUGGGGGGGGUGGCACAGUCUAUGUGCACACCGUCCCGCAAUGGUCGGUGCCGCCCGCACCGCAACCGGAGUUUGAAGGGCCUCCAGCACCGCAUCUUUGGGAGGCACCUGCACCGCAAGCUCAGCGCAAAGAUGCAUGGGAGAACUAUGCACCGCACCGCCCAGACGCUUGGGAAGAGCACUGGUCAAAGCCAACGCAUGGCCAGCGCUGGGCCGACCAGGAUGAUGAUGACUGGAAAUGGGAGCCACCGCGACGCAAAGGCAGCAGAGGCAAAGCAAACUAUGCCGACUAUGAUGCAUGGCGCGCUGCACAGCAAGGCGCAGACGCAUGGGAUGCUGGAGCGUCCUGGGAUAAAGGCGGCAAGCCCGGCCCGGUGAAGUGGUCGGUUCGCAACCGGCCACUUUUUAUGAACAGCAAAGGCCACUUGGCCUGCGCGUAG